UAGGUGGUGUCAUGCAGCAGUGAUGGUGGGGAUGAGCGUUCUUCGGUCUGCUGCUGCCUUUGCAGCCAGACUAAGUCCUCUAAAAUCUGGAAAUAAGGUGUCAAAUUUGCUAACAAGAAAUAUUCCUAAAACGGAACAAGUGGCAGUACGUUGGGGCCAUGGUAAGCAGCUGUUUGUGGUCAAACCCAGCGGCUACUAUGACACCAGAUUUCUACGCUUGUUGAAAUAUUAUAUUCUCCUGACUGGAAUUCCAGUGGCUGCCGGCAUAACAUUUAUAAAUGUGUUCUUUGGUGAGGCAGAGCUGGCUGAAAUCCCAGAGGGCUAUGAACCGGAGUACUGGGAGUACUACAGGCAUCCCAUCACCCGAUUUAUUUCCCGUAACAUCUACGACUCCCCAGUGAAGGACUAUGAAAAGAUGAUGGCUGCUAUUCAGAUUGAGCAGGAGAAGGGAGAGCAUAGACUGGCCCAUUUGGAGGUGCGUCGCCAGAUGAGACAGAGGGGAGACGGCCCCUGGUUCCAGAAGGGGACUGUGGACAAGGGCCUCAUCGACCACAGCCCCAAGUCAACACCAGACACUUAAACACCACACUCAAAUUUAAAUCCUCAUCGUGGUGGUGAAACUCACUGUUUGUACAUUUUUUCUCCUCUGCUUAAAUAAAGUAUAUAUGAUGUACUUUGAUUCUGC